CUAUUAAUUUAAUGGCAAUAAAUGUUCCACAUAAUUUUUCAUACUUACUGCAACAUUGAAACCUAACCUGCUUUAUGUAGUGCUACUUUUUGAUAAUACUAUGUGUUCAGUAAUACAAUUUCAAUAUAACAAGCUAUUCUGAAAUGUUUUUGUAUUUUGAGCCUUUAGUUUUUGUUUAUAUAGUUUUAAAAUAAACAGUGGCCUGUAUAACUACUUCUAAGUUUCAAAAACUCCCUCUUUCUUUCUCUCUUUUUAAAUAUACACCUUGCAGAAGUGGUUCUGGGCUUUUUUGGGAAAACAAAAGCAUGUUAGUAUUUUAAUUUGAAGAAUUUCCCCAUUUAUCCAUUACUGUAUGAACUGUAAGAAUGUGACAGUGCAGACAGAAAAUAAAUUAAUAUAACAAUUAAUAUAGUAAUAAGUUAGAGAUCUUUUAUCGUGAUAUGCAGUUAAAAUUUGUGGCUGAAGGAAGGAUUUAGAACUGGAAAUAAUGCAUUCAGAAAGAUAGGUUGGAGAGCUGUCUUUCAGUAUCAAAACAAGAAUUCAUCAGAAGUUCUUAUUUGAUUGAAGAAUGAGGAAGUGUUGAAAGUAUUGAAAAAGACCUGGAAUGCUGAGAGCCACAACUGGCAAGGUAGAAAUGUGAUGGAAAAAAUCAAAGCCUUUGCCUCAGAGAGGUAUAGCUUGGAAGGAUUAAAGACAGCUCCCAGUUGUAAGUCUAGGCAGCAGAGAGGAAGAGUUGUGAGAUCUGAACUACAAACUGCCCAGAGAGGUUGUGGAGUCUCCUUCUCUGGAGAUAUUCCAAACCCGCCUGGAUGCGAUCCUGUGCAACAUGCUCUAGGUGACCCUACUUGAGCAGGGGAGGUUGGACUAGAUGAUUUCCAGAGAUGCCUUCCAACCUCUACCAUUCUGUGAUUCUGUAACUUGAACUUCAGUGCAACUAUGUUAAAGUUUUGUGAAAUCUGUAUAUUCAUAGAUAUUCUGUAUAUUUGUAUUUGUUUGAAAGUUGAAAAUCUGCACCUCUGUGACAUUACAUCAGGAGAAUUAAGUGAAAACUUGACUUCAUCAACUUGUCAAGAGUUUAUAAAUCCUAAGCCUAUUUUUGCCCUAACACAGUUUCUUCAAAUUGAUAAAAGCUCUAAUACUGGCUCAUUAGGGAUAGACUUAGGACUCUUGCAUCCCACAUUGUUUGUUAUGACAGUUUCAUGUAGCUGUAAGUUAAUAAAUAAAUUGUCCUCAAAGUGUAGGAAGUGUUCAGAGUUACAUGGUCACUAAGUAAGAGGGAGGAUAAAACUCCAGAGCCACUUGCUUCCUGGUCUGUCUGUAGACCUGGUCUGUCUGUGUGAUGUUUCUCUUGCUUUAUUCUUGGCUCACUUGCAAAUUAAAGGUAGAGCAUGUUUUGAACAGAGAUGGAGGAGGGGGAGAAAACAGUGAUGCAGGUUUGUGUGGCCAGUCAACUCAGCAGAUGAAAAUAGAUAGCAUAUAUGAUUGAACUCUUAAAAGUGUGGAAAUUAAUACUCAUUAGUGAGCAAAAUACACAUUGCUGCUGAAGGAAAGCACCAAAGUUCUUUGGAGUGUUAGUCACUUAAACAGUUUUGUGGCAUAAAUUUAUACUUCUGGCAUGUUUAAUCUUUGUGUGACAGUUUUAUCAUUAAAUAAAUCUGUAGCUGUCCCCAUCCACAAGCUGAUUUUUAAAGGUUUGCGUGGAAUGCUUAGAUGAGGAAGGUGAGGAAAAGCUCCAGAUUAUUUCUCCCCUUGUCCUUAGUUUCAGUAUACAGAACAGCUCCUUUCUGACUGGCUACAAUAUUGUUGUGCCUGGCAGAAUUUUGCAGUCUGCAAACUACAGAAGAUCACAGUUUUCCAUUACAAAACAUGUUCUCUGCUCAAACAGUUGAAAGUAAUUACUGUGGUGAGAGUCUUGAUCUCACCUUCAUGCUGAACUUGUAAAACUUUCAGAAUCAGUGUUGCAUCAUCCCACUCCUAGAAGCAGCAAGAAAUCUUUCAGUCUUUCUUCGUAACUUUGAUCCUUGAGCCCUGGUAACCAAAGCGAUUCUAGACUAAUCCUAACAGUGAGCCGUGCUAGGGGGUGUAAUAGCAACAUGUUGAACCACCGAUGUGUUGAACCACAGCUCUGUCUUGCAGCGCGCCUGCAGCCUGGCAGCAUCGCGUGUGGCCCUUCCAUCGCACUAAUCCUACGCGUCAGAGGACAGCCUGCUUUUGUCUGGCUCUCCAGUUCUGGUGUACUGUGUGUGAUGGUUAGAUGACUGCUGUGUGUGCUUGGCUUCAGUUAAACUGCUUUUAUUUCGGUUUGUAGAGGAGUGCAGUCACCUUGCGCAAACAGUUAAGAGGGGGUGCGAGCGGCCGCCGGCUGGCAGGUGGCAGAGCGAAGCAGGCUGGAGAGGAAAGCAGCCAGUGCGGCUGGGGAUUGCAGUCAGCCAGUAGUAGGAGUUGUCGUUCAGCUCUUUCUGCCUGGCUGACUUUUGGUGAUUUUUCUUUCACUAUCAGGAAGCUGGAAACACAGGAUGCAGACAGGAGACCUCUGGCAUUUUCCACAUCUGUGGCACUACUCCCAAAAUGUAUUAUUUUAUUGGAGGAAGAGACUGUCUAAGACUACCAAAGUCUAAUUCCAAAUUCUGAGAGUUUCUGUACUGAUAUGAAGCCCAACUUGGCCCUGUGAAUAGCCCCUACCGUUUUCAGCUCAGCGAGGAGAACUUAGCCACUGGUACUGCAAUGCUUCGAUCUAGCUUGAGCGCUGUGAGGACUCUUCCUUUGAAGAAGAGGAUCUGUUUCCUGAUGAAACUUAUGUGCUUUAUAAGCUCGGUGUUAAUAUUUUGUGAAUUUUUAAUUUAUUAUGUGGUGAUUUUUCCAUGUCACUGGCCGGAAGUAAAAGCUGGAGCUCACAUGGGUAACAAAGAGAUUUCUACUUCAGUCUUGAAGGCCAUAAUUUUAGCUGAUACUCACCUGCUUGGUGAAAUCAAAGGACAUUGGCUGGAUAAACUAAGAAGGGAGUGGCAAAUGGAGAGAUCUUUCCAAACUGCUUUGUGGUUGCUGCAGCCAGAUAUUGUUUUUAUUCUGGGAGAUGUCUUUGAUGAAGGAAAAUGGAGCUCACCUCAGGCAUGGGCAGAUGAUGUCAGGAGAUUUCGGAAAAUGUUUAGACAUCCAGUUUCUACUGAGCUAGUGGUUAUUGUUGGAAAUCAUGACAUUGGAUUUCAUUAUGAAAUGACCACUUAUAAGGUAAAGCGAUUUGAAAAGGUUUUCAACUUUACUUCAGGAAAGCUAAUAACUCGAAAAGGAAUAAACUUUGUCAUAGUGAACAGCGUAGCCAUGGAGGGUGACGGCUGUGCUGUCUGCCGUACUUCAGAGGCAGAGCUUGUGGCUCUUUCUCACAAACUGAAUUGCUCCCAGCAGAAACCGAAUCAUUCCAACAAAAGGUGCAGUGAUGUGGAAAAGCUUCCAGCUUCAGAACCAAUCCUUUUACAGCAUUACCCUCUCUAUCGGAAAAGUGAUGCUGAAUGCAGUGGAGAAGAUGCUGCCCCUCCAGAGGAGAAGAACAUCGCAUUUAAAGAAAAGUAUGAUGUACUAUCUCAAGAGGCAUCACAAAAGCUGAUAUGGUGGUUUCAUCCCCGUUUGAUUCUCAGUGGACAUACACAUAGUGCUUGUGAAGUGCUGCAUGCAGGGAAAAUUCCAGAAAUCAGUGUCCCAUCAUUCAGUUGGAGGAAUAGAAACAAUCCUAAUUUCAUCAUGGGUAGCAUAACACCAACUGAUUUCUCCCUCCGAAAAUGCUUCCUUCCGUACGAGAGCAGAGUCUUUACUAUAUACUGUGCAGCAGGUGCUCUGCUUGUAAUCCUGAUACUAGCUCAUUUUCAGCUUCUCACUCCACCAUUUUAUUUUGCUCAGCGUUUAAUCAGUAAGCAUAAAGCAGUAUGAAGAGCCAGACAUCUGCAUUCAGUCACUGAAAUACCAAAGCUGAGAACAGUCAAACAUCAGACUAUAUUCAUGCCAGCAAAUGACCUAAUUUGAUUGCUAGUCUGAAGGCAGGUUGCAUUUACACAUACCAUAGAAGUCCUAUACAGCUGAUAUGACUACUACAGGAUAAAUAACUGAAAUGAAUGUUUCAUGCUGUACAAAAAUACUGUAUUCUACAAUCAAAUGAGUCCUUUUCCUUCUAUAAUUUUUGUAUCAAAUAUGUAUAUUAAAAGUUUAACUGUACAUUA